AUAACACACACCCCAUUCCCCCUUCCUCAAACCACCCUCCCACCUAACAACAAUCUCUGAAAUAUAUGAAAAUGCAACCCUACACCUACCAAACCGAAACCUACACGCACGGUCUCCACAACCAACGCCCCCCCAUAACCUUCCACCCCCACGAAUGGGAACCCCUCGCCAAAUCCCACCUCCCAGCAACCAGUUUCAACUACGUCCACGGCUCCGCCGGCACCCGCGAAACCGACGACAAAAACCGCUCUGCCUUCCGCCAAUGGUCCAUAAUCCCUACCCGGCUCAUUCCCGCCUCAUUCCCAUCCCUAUCCACCACGCUCUUCGGAGAAGAAUACGCUUCCCCGAUAGCGAUCGCGCCCGUAGGCGUACAGACUAUUUUCCACCCGGAGGGCGAAAAAGCCGUUGCGAGGGCCGCGAACGCCCUACGGGUUCCGUAUACGUUGAGUACGGCCACCGCAACCAGUCUUGAGGAUGUGGCGGGGGCGAAUGGGACCGGGCCGCGGUGGUAUCAGUUGUAUUGGCCGGGGAAUGAACAUAAUGAGAUCACGGGGAGUUUGUUGCAGAGGGCGAAGAGGGCCGGGUAUACGGUUUUGGUGGUUACGUUGGAUACGUACAUUCUGGGGUGGAGACCGAGUGAUUUGGAUAAUGGGUAUAAUCCGUUUCUGAGGGCGGAUGAGAUUGGGGUGGAGGCGGGGUUUUCGGAUCCGGUGUUUAGGGAACAUUUUGUGAAGAGGUAUGGGAUGGAGGUUGAGGAGGAUGUGGGUGCUGCGGCGGCGGAGUGGGCGAGGAUUAUUUUUCCCGGGAGGUCGCAUGGGUGGGAGGAUUUGGAGUUUCUAAAGGAGAAUUGGGAUGGGCCGAUUGUGUUGAAGGGGAUUCAGUCGGUGAGGGAUGCGAGGUUGGCUGUGCGGUAUGGGAUGCAGGGCAUUGUGGUUUCGAAUCAUGGGGGUAGACAGCAGGAUGGGGGGGUGGGGUCGUUGACGAUGUUACCGGAGAUUGUGGAUGAGGUGGGAGGGGAGAUUGAGGUGUUGUUUGAUUCGGGGGUGAGGUGUGGUGCGGAUGUGAUGGUGCUUGUGGGAAGGCCGUAUGUGUAUGGGUUGGCGAUUGCGGGGGAGGAGGGAGUGAGACAUGUGUUGAGGAGUUUGUUGGGGGAGAUUCAGUUGACGUUGCAUUUGGCGGGGUUGCCGUCGGUGAAGAGGGAGGAUUUGAAUAGGGGGUGUUUGAGGAGGGAGUAAUCUAUCCUUGAUGGAUAUAGAUUUGGAUAUAGAUAGAGGAGGGAGGUAUAUACUGAUAGAUUUCAUUCAUAGCAAUUGACUACUAUCAAUGCAAAUACCAAC